CCCUCAGGGCUCACUGGCUCACUGGUGGUGGCUGCAGUUGCUGAUGACUGUGACAUCCUUUGUUUACUGAUAUGGCAGGCAGUAUUCCAUUUCUCAGUAUUUUUUGUUGUUGCUGGAGUCUUGUUUCUCACAUCUUUUCCUUCCCUCAGCUCUGCCUCCUGUGAUCCUGCCCAUCCCCUGGGAAGGACACCACAGGAAGGAAGGAGAAGGCAAUGGCUGCUGGGCCUCUACUAUUGGGAGUUGAGGGCAUCAGCUUUCCAAACCAAAUGUGAUAUCUCAGCUGGAUUGAGAACUGAGCCUGAUGACAAAAGAACAUCCAGGGUGCAUUUCCCCAGACUGGAAGACAAGACUUGAAACCAAAGAGUCAACUACAAAGCCCUAAUUACUGAAGAUUUAUCUUAUGGGGUAAUAAUGGAAAGAGAAGGUCUCUGGCAUUCUUCUUUAGGGGAAACCUGGGAACCUGAUAAUUGGUUAGAGGGGCAACAGAAAAACCAGGAUAGACAUCUGGGCCAAGUGCACAUUACCCAUAAGGAAACCCUCACUGUGAGAAGGACAUGUGGAGGUAAUGAAUUUGAAAGAUGUUUCAGUCAGGGUUCAAUCAUUGAUACACAACAAACUAUUCCUGUGGGGAAAAGUCCUCACAGUUGGAAUUCACAUGGAAAAGACACUAAACAAAAUGCUGAAUUAAUUAAAACUCAAAGAAUGUUUGCAGGAAAGAAAAUCUAUGGAUGUAAUGAGUGUGGGAAAACCUUCAGCCAGAGUUCAUCCCUCCUUAAGCACCAGAGGACUCAUACAGGGGAGAAACCCUAUAACUGUAAUGUAUGUGGGAAGCACUUCAUUGAACGCUCCUCGCUUACCGUACAUCAAAGAAUUCAUACUGGAGAGAAACCUUACAAAUGUAACGAAUGUGGGAAAACCUUCAGUCAGAGCAUGAAUCUUACUGUUCAUCAAAGAACUCAUACUGGAGAGAAACCAUAUCAAUGUAAAGAGUGUGGAAAAGCUUUCCGCAAGAAUUCAUCCCUUAUUCAACAUGAAAGGAUUCAUACUGGAGAGAAACCCUACAAAUGUAAUGAAUGUGGUAAAGCUUUUACCCAAAGUAUGAAUCUCACAGUGCAUCAAAGAACUCAUACAGGAGAAAAACCCUAUGAAUGUAAUGAAUGUGGAAAAGCCUUCAGUCAAAGUAUGCAUCUUACUGUACAUCAGAGAAGCCAUACUGGAGAAAAGCCCUAUGAGUGUAGUGAAUGUGGAAAAGCCUUUAGUAAGAGCUCAGCUCUUACCCUGCAUCAGCGAAAUCAUACUGGAGAAAAACCCUACAAAUGUAACAAAUGUGGGAAAUCCUUUAGCCAAAGUACAUACCUUAUAGAGCAUCAGAGACUUCAUUCUGGAGUAAAACCUUUUGAAUGUAAUCAGUGUGGGAAAGCUUUCAGUAAGAAUUCAUCUCUUACUCAGCAUCGUAGAAUUCAUACUGGAGAGAAACCUUAUGAGUGUAUGGUAUGUGGAAAACAUUUCACUGGGAGAUCAUCCCUUACUGUACAUCAGGUUACUCAUACUGGAGAGAAGCCUUAUGAAUGCAGUGAAUGUGGAAAGGCCUUCAGCCAGAGCGCAUACCUUAUUGAGCAUCAAAGAAUUCAUACUGGUGAGAAGCCCUAUGAAUGCAAUCAGUGUGGAAAAGCUUUCAUUAAGAAUUCAUCCCUUAUAGUGCAUCAGAGAACUCAUACAGGAGAGAAACCCUAUCAGUGUAAUGAAUGUGGAAAAGCCUUCAGUCGGAGUACAAAUCUUACACGGCAUCAGAGAACUCAUACGUGAGGGAAGCUUCCAUGGGAUCCUUCACUGUGAUGAACUCUUCAGUGAUAAUCAGAUAAGUCAUGUAAUGUAGAAACCUAAUAAAUGUAACGAUUGUAGUAAUCUUUUAGUUGAAGUAUAAUAUACCAUAUCAGAAAAUACAGACCACUGCAGAGAAACCAUAUAAAAGUGGAGAAAUCUUGAUUCAGAAAGUAAAACUUUAUACCAGAAGGUUUAAGUAGCUAAUGUUCUAAGCAAUGAGAAUUCAUGCUGAAGAUAAGUUCUAUUGUAUUAUACUGCAGAUUCUCCUUUGGACAUCAGAGACUUCACACUGGAGAGGAAAUGUGAGAGUGCUUAACUGGAUAGCCCAAAGACCUGGUAUGUAGUCCUGAUCUGCCACUAACUUGGACAAGUCACCUACUUUUACCAGGUCCCAGUGUCCUUAUUUGGUAAAUGAGGGAUUUUAGAUUUAGAAGGCUCCAAGAUCCCUAUAAGCUCUAAAAUGCUACAAACAUAAAUAUGCUUGA